AUGCCUUUGGCAGCCGUGAACUUACCUGCCUCCCUCGACGACGUCAGAGUCAAGAAGCUUCCGCCAUCCUCUUACUACAUUGCGGACUUCAUAUCAGAGGAGGAGGAGCGCUUAAUCUUACAAAAGAUAGCUGAGGCGCCGAAACCCCGCUGGAAGCAACUGACUCAUCGACGUCUCCAAACAUGGCCGUCCGAUCUCGUCAACAACAAGCUGAUCGAUGCUCCCUUGCCACAGUGGUUGCAAGAGCCUGUGAUCUCGCGAAUUCUUUCCUUACCUCUUGCCGCCGAUUCUGAUUCGUCCAAUCUCUUCGCUAGCAGUCCUCACAAACGACCGAACCACGUGCUGAUAAACGAGUAUCCUCCGGGAGUAGGAAUCAUGCCGCAUAAGUUGAGUACAUGGACGGGGCUGCCUAUCAUCCAGUUGUGUGAGGAUGGUGCCAUGGACCCAGAGCCUGUGGGACGCAUUCUUCAGGAGCCCAGGAGUCUUCUCAUCACCACCGACGACCUCUAUACCGAUUACCUCCACGGCAUAGCCGAUGUCGAGGAGGACGUUGAGCUAUCUGCCGAGACGAUCGUGAACUGGGACCUUGUGCGUUCGCAGGAUGAUUUUUCUGCUGGCCGAAGCGCACGCGCGACCAGGACGAGUCUGACAUACCGAGACGUCAUGCAGGUGUCGAAACUCGGAGCCAAGUUUGGCUUAUUUGGAAAGAAGUGA